AUGGCUGGUUUUCGUGGAGUAACAGAUAAACAUGAAGUGAUGGAAAAACAUCUGAGUUUUGGUGGUGCAGCAGAAAAUAGUUCAAGUUCUCUUGGAGUGAUGGAAAAAAAUCCAAGUUUUCAUGGAAUGGAAUGGUUUUCGCAGAUCUAUGGUGAAACAGAAGAGUUUUGUAGUGAUGUUGCAACCUCAGUUUUAAUGGUGGCAGAAUCAAGGAGAGAAACUCCCCUUUAUGCAGCUACAGCGAAUAGGCAUGCUGUGGUAGUUACUGAGAUGCCGGAAUAUAUGAACCGGGAGACUGCAUCUGUUGUAGCUAGGAAUUGGUAUGAUCCCCUCCAUGUGGAAAUAGAACAGGGUCGUUUUGAGGUCUUGAAGCCCAACUUGGUCAUGAUAACAGAUUUUUCCUAUGCAACUGCCAGGCAUACAGCUGCGACACAAGCGCACGAUAUUGAUCUGGAUUAUACUGUCCUCCAUUCAGCUGCAGGGAUUGGAGCACUUGGAAGCUGUGAGGUCCCUCCUAAACAGGAUCCAGGGAAAAAGCAUUGCAUAUUGCAAUAUAAGGACUCUGCUCAGUAUACGGUAAGUAUUGUGCGCCCUCACAGUAAUACUUACACUUAUUAG